AUGGCGGAAGCAAGUGGUGAAAAUUCAGUAACUGGAGGUACUGGCGAAAGCAAUGUAAGUAAUAAUUACAAUGAUCCGUUUUACAUUUCGAAUUCAGAUCAAAUAAUGAACAAAUUAGUAGUUGUUAGCUUGAAUUCAAACAAUUUUGUGAGUUGGAAGAGAAAUAUUAAGCGUGCAUUGAUAGCGAAAAAUAAGCUAGGAUUUCUGGAUGGUUCAAUUGUGAAACCUGAUUCAAAGGAUAAGGCGUUUAAUAGAUGGUUGCAAUGCGAUUAUCUUGUAACAUGUUGGAUUGUUAAUUCAAUGGAGCCAGAAAUUGGUGAGAACUUUACAUUUGUAGAAAGUUCCACUCAAUUAUGGACUGAAGUUUGUGAACGAUAUGGACAAAGUAAUGGUCCACAGAUAUAUCAGUUAAAGAAGGAUCUAGAGAAAUUGAAGCAGGAGAAUCUUUCAAUUGUUGCUUAUUUUGGCAAAAUGAAAAGAGUGUGGGAUGAACUGCAGAAUUUGAGGAAUUUUCCAGAUUGUAGUUGUGGAGCUAUUACUCAUUGUACAUGUAAUUUCUUGAAGAAAAUUGGUGAAUUUCAAGCUGAAGAAAAAUUAAUGGAGUUUUUGUUAGGAUUGAAUGAUAGCUAUGACAAUGUUAUUACUAACAUUUUGUCAAUGGAUCCGUUGCCAACAAUCAAUAGAGCCUAUUUUUUGGCUCAACAAAUUGAAAAACAGAAACAGAUUUCUGCUGUUCAGUAUAUGUCUCAAGAAGCAAGUGCAUUGGCUGUUCAAAGAAACUAUGGUGGGAAAGGGCAUACCAAGGAUCAAUGUUUUAAACUCAUUGGUUUUCCUUAUUGGUAUCAUAAGAAGUCUUUCUCAUCUACUUCUUCUGGUAAGCUAGCAGCUCAUGUUGUUGCUGACAACAACUAUGCUGACACUUCUUUGGAGUUUGUUGCUGCUGGACCUUCACUGUCUAGUUCUGCAAAUCAUGUAGAUUCCUCUAUGAUGCAAUCUCUAUUUCAAGAGUUUCUCAACAGUGAUAAAGGCAAGCAGAUUAUUGGAGAAUCUUCCAAUAAUCAUACAUCUUCUGUGCAUCUUGCAGAUCAUAUGACAUAUGAUACUUCUAUUCUUACUUCUAAAAGAACGCUUGAUAAAUGCAUUCAAGUUGGCUUACCUGAUGGCAAAUAUACUUAUGUUACUGAAAUAGGGAAUGUGGUGCUCAAUGAUAGGAUUACUUUGCAUAAUGUGUUGCUUGUUCCUUGUUUUAAAAGUAAUCUGCUAUCUGUGGGAAAACUGGCUGUUCAUAACAAGAUUGAUGUUCAUUUCAAUUUGUCUCACUGCAAUUUUGUUGAUGGUGAUGGAAGAAAGUUACUUCAAGACUUAUGCCCUAUUAUUGAUUUGUCUGAUCUUCCAAAUUCUUCUUUUACACCAAACACUUCUCCUCCUGUUAAUUCUUCUAAUGAUACACCCGAAUCUCCUCCUGUUAAUAUCAUUCCUACACAUGGAUCUUCUCUUGUUGCACCUGAAUCUUCUCAUGAUACACCUGAAUCUCCUCCUGUUAUUUCACCUUCUAAUGUUUGUAAUUCCACCCAACUUUCCAAUAAUCAUACAUCUUCAUUUUCUCUACCUAAUAUUCAUGAUAUACCUAAUAAUGAAUCAUCUCAAAUCCAUACUUCUUCUUCUGUUUUAUCACCUGCUACACAGAUUCAUCCAAAUGUGAGACAUUCUACUAGAGUGGGUAAACCUCCUUAG